AUUUGGUGAUGAUGAAUUGAACUCUCUGCUCCAGAUGCACUGUCCAGAUAAACGAGCCAAUCACAGCCCUCCUCCUGCUGGAGCCCGCUGUGAUUGGCUGGCAGCUCUGCUCAGCAGCGCAGCACAAAGUUGCAGAGCAUCUCUCUCAUCUCUCUCAUCCUUCCUGCUCUGCCUUCACUCUGGAUCUGUCUCACCUGCAGCCUGCCUCUCCUCCUCUUCUUCCUCCUCCUCCAGACUACUGCCGCUACUUUACUUCAACCUUUUCCCCGUCAACAGUGUGUCUCGAAGCGUUUCAAGGAUGCUGGCUUGUACGGAGAUGAUCACUAUGUGCCUGCAGUCGGCCAAACAGAAGCAUCUUCGGGUUCAGCAGCAGCAGCAGCAGCAGCCUCCGAACAGCUCCGGACAAGGGCUUACUAUCUUUCAUGAUAUUUUCCGCCGAGCAGACAAAAACGAUGAUGGCAAGCUGUCAUUUGACGAGUUCAAUGCCUACUUUGCGGACGGGAUCCUGACUACUGAGGAGCUGCAGGAGCUCUUCUUCUCCAUAGAUGGCCGACAAAAUAACAAUCUGGACACUGAUAAGCUAUCAGAUUAUUUUUCCCAGCACCUGGGGGCGUACCUCAAUGUGCUUUCAGCUCUGGAGAGCCUGAAUGUUGCCAUUUUAAAGGCAAUGGAUAAAACUAAAGAGGAGUACCAGGGAGCCAGCGUGCUGGGCCAGUUCGUCACCAGGUUCAUGCUGAGAGAGACGUCCAGUCAGCUACUGUCUCUACAGAGGUCCCUGCAGUGUGCCAUGGAGGCUGUGGAGGAGCAGAGCAGCCCUGCCCCGAGAGAGGUAAAGGAGCCGGAGCUGACAGCAGUACAGAGGAAUGGCAGGCGGUGCGGUCGCAGGAUCCAUAAUAACCUGUGCAUGUCCCCAUCAGAUCCCUGCUCUAGCAUCCUGACCACGGGUGUGUGCAUGGAGGACGGAGAGAACUGGUGCUCUCAGAUCAACAGGCUGCAGCAGCUGCUGGAUAAACUGGAGUGUCAGGGUCCCAAGUUGGAGCCACUGAAAGAGGACACACUGGCCAGCACGUACAAGUCUAACAUCCUGUUGGUUCAGAGGCAGCUGUCGGUGACCGAUGAAGAUCUGGACAGCUUCCGGAAAGUUCUGAAGAGCUACAUCGAAGCCACCGCAGCCAACUCUGACAACCUGCAUGUGUCCGUUCAGAAGCUCCCUGGAAAGUUGUGUUACAUAAUGUAUGAGUUCUGGCAAGACCGCAUCUCCUGGAUGAGCUACCUGCAGUCCAACAGCAGUAAAGAUUUCCAGCGCUGCGUCAUUGACAUGUUGAAGGAUGCUGAAGUAGUUUCCACCAUGUUGCUCCCAGCUUCCUGGUGGAUUAUGACUAACAACUAGCAACUGAAUCCAGAAUGUCACAUCUACUGCCUACACUGUCACACGGACAAAGACACACUGGCGCAUCAACUCACCCACCCACACACACAUGCACGCACACACACACACACACACACACCCACACACACACACGCACACACGCACACACACAGAGGAAUUCAAAAGGCAUCCAUGUGUUUCAAAGCAACAGGAGACAGAGACGACGGCGUCAUCCAACAUUCUCCAGCAGCAUCUUUUAAUGUCCCUCUGUCUUCGACAUGCUCAUUAUCGUGCCGCUUAUAUCAAACGGGAUAGUUUCACCCUAUAGCCGAUCUAUUGACUUGAAAGUGACUGAUUUUCUGCAAUGCAAAAGCCUUUUUUUCUCUCCACAUAACCCUGUCUCUCACUUGGCCUUCCCUCUCUUGCAGUGUUUGUCUGAUUUUAUGCCAGUGGAGAACAACCAAAAAGACGCUUAACAUAGGCUACUAGAGCAAAUCCAGUUGAAAUGAGAAUUACAAUUACCAUGCCGGUAGUGUUAUUGUGCUUUUGAUGAGUUGUUUACUGUUGAAUACAAUUAAAUAGGAAGAAAAAGCAGAGAGGAUGAGGAGAUGAAGGGUAAACUUGCAUGCUGAUGACUGAAGAGCUUUCAGUCCUUUAAAUCCUGGCUGUAUAUGCUGUAUGAUACUGUUUUUCUUUCAUUUAGCUAUCCUAAUGUCAUGUGCACAGAAUGCCAAAAAGGCUAUUAUCAAAAAAGCUGACAUCUAUCUAUUGCUAGAUAUAUUAGUGGUCAGUUAUUUAUAUUAGUUACAUCUUCUCUGAGACACACUCUUUGUCUCAAAUGUAAAAGUAUCUCUAAGAGUGUGCGUAUCUUUAAGGGAAGUAACACUUUGUGAGGAGAUCACUAAGUUGUAUCACUAAGUUAUGAAGAGAAAAUAUAUUUAAUGUAUCAUGUAUUUAUUUUGACCAUUGGUAGAGUUUAUUCCAUCUGUACAUAUGGAUCUCAGAUAUAUUCAUAUUUAUGUUGUGUUUUGGUUCCGUAAUGUACACCCCCAACUGUAAAGAAACUGAAAAGCAACUUUAAACACAAAAAUCAUUAAAGCUACUAAUUGUUUUGACAAGUGCAAA